CUCGACUGCUUCCGGUGUGGGUGAACAUGGUUGCAUUUGACAGAUAAUUAUGGGCUUUGGCUUUUUAAUUCCAGAAUCGGUAUCGGCAGGUUAACAGAUUCUCUGAGCGUGUGCGUGAUUUGAGCGCGUGGGAAUCUGACCGUGUGCGUGAAACCGCUGAUAUUCAGACUAAUGCAGUAAGUAGACGCGGCCUACCCCGGCCCAAGAUGGCGGCCGCGCUGAUCCAUCGUUCCAAUAGACAGCAGCGCCAGAGGCGACAUCUACGUGUAUAUAUCUACACAUUAAGCCAGAAGAGCCAGAAAUCCGGCAACAUGUGAUCCCAAACUGACCAAUCACAAGGGAGUACCUCCGCGUAAAGGCGGAUUUAUGGUCGUCUGCGUAACAGCUGUAGGCUUGGCGUAGCUCUGUAGAGGCUCGAUGCGCACCCCUGCACCUUAACAGAAUCCAUGAGACCCAUCUAAGUUCCCAUCGAGUCCCAGAAGACCUGUAUGAUGCUGGUCCGGUUCAACCUGAGCCGGAUAUUGGACUAAACCUAAGCUAAGGGGACUGAAUCUGGGACUGCACCCAUCAGAACCUGGUGGGCUAGCAUGGAGAAGUUCGGGAUGAGUUUUGGAGGCGGUCCCAGCAGGAAGGAACUGCUGGACACCAUUGAGUCCCAGAAGAAGCAGCUGGUCCAGUACCAGACCCGCUUUAAGGACGUGGUUCGGGCCUACAAGAGUCUUCUGAAGGAGAAGGAGGCUCUGGAGGCCAGUUUGAAGGUUCUGACCGUGACCCAGGAUGUGGACCUGAACCAGCAGGGCCUGCCCACCUCUGGAGGACCCGAACUCCCAGAGGAUGGCUGCUCGCUUCACAGUGAGGAAAGUGUAGACACGACCGCAUCCGUGGAACUGCCCACCGAGAUUGCCAGGGGAGACCAGAGCGGGGAGGACCAGGGAAAACCAGGACCAAGAUCCAGCUCUGUGUUGUUUCUCCAGCAGCUGCAAGUGGAGUCCGAAACGGAGAGCAGUGGCAUGGAGGCAGAGCAUCAACAGAACACACCCCCUCUCAGCGCAGAAGCAGAGCGCCGCAUCGCCCAGCUGAAGAGCCAACUGAGCACGCUCACCGGCGCCCUGGCCACAGUGACGCAGGAAAAGUCUCGGAUGGAAGCGAGCUUCCAAGCUGACAAGCGCCAGCUGAAACAGGAGCUGGAGGACCUACAGGAGCAUCUGGUCGCUGUGAUGACACAGCAGGAGGCGGAGCUGCGGACGGUUCAGCAUCAGCUGGCAGAGAGCCGUGCCCGUGUCAUCACGCAGCAGCAUGAGCGUGAGCAGGAGCAGACUGACCACGCCCAGCAGCUCCGGGAGCUCCAGAGGAUCCUGCAGCAGGAGCGGGACCUGAGGCAGGAGGCUGAUCUGCACCUGCAGGAUGUCACCGCUGCUGCAGACCGGGGGGCGGAGUCUGAGCUCCACCUGAGCCAGGCCAGGGAGCAGUGUGACGAGCUGAGGAAGAGGUUGCAGGCCGUCGAGGAGGAUCGGAAGAACCCAGAUCCUAGAGUGGAGGAGCUGCAGCAAGAACUGCAGGAGCUGAAAACCCAGUUUCAGAACCAGAUCCAGAUCGAGACCUGCAAGAUGUGCGAGGCGGAGGAGCAUGCCCGUGAGCGUGCUCAGGCUGCAGAGGACCGGGUGGCAGGUCUGGAGCAACGGGUCUCAGAGCUGUCGGACCUCCUUGGGUCCUGCGAGAAGGCCAGGCAGCGAGACCAGCAGGCUGCUCAGAGACUCCGGGAACGGAUCCUGCAGCUGGACUCAGAGAACAAGACGCUGGCCAUGGCGACAUCCAGCAGGACAUCCACCGGUCUGGAUGAGUCCCAGCUGGACGUAGGCGUCUUGAAGGAGAAACUGCAGACGGUAAAAAAACUGCUGCUGCUGGCGGCCCAGAAGAACCCGGACCAAAACAUCCGGGACAUGGCCGAGACAGAGUCGGGCCAGGAUGAAGUCCUGUUCUACAAGCAGGAACUGCGGCAGCUGAAGGAGGACUUUGAGCGCUAUAAACUGCGCGCGCAGGUGGUGCUAAAGAACAAGAAUGCCAAAGAUGGCUGCCAGGCCAAGGAGCUGGAGGAGGUCCGGGAUCAGCUGGCCGAGCUGCGCGAGAAGUACAUCACGCUGCGGAUCCAGAGCGACGAGGCGGAGGCACAGCACCGCCGGCAGCUGGAGGAGGCACAGCAGCAGGUUGCGGCGCAGCAGCACGCCAACCGGCAGGACGCGGAGCGAGUGGCAGCACUGCAUCGAGAUGAUCUGCUGCGUCUGGAGGCGGAGCUUCAGAAGCAGAGGGAGCGCACCAUGGCGCUGCUGGACGAAAAAGACCGCGAUCUAGAGAAGCUGCGUACCGCCGCGCUGACCUCCAGCCGUGAGGCGGACGAGCCAGCUGAUGCUGCACAGGAGGAUGCCCCUGACGUGGACGGCAUCAGCCAUGCACUGCGACGAGCCACGCCCACAGAGUCCAUGCUGCUGCUGUACGCCGAGCAGCUGGCCCGUAAGGAGGUGGAGGUGGGCGCGCUGCGGCGGCAGAAGCACCGGUUGGAGGACGACCUCCAUCAGCUGCAAGCCAAGAUGCUCGCCAACGCCGAGCGCCACGACGAGAAGGAGGCGGAGCUCCAGGCCCGGUUCGACAAGCUGGUCCGGGACCAGAACCGGGAGGGUGCCAACAUGGAGUACCUGAAGAACAUUGUAUACCGCUUCCUGACGCUACAGGAUGCCAGCGGACGGCGGCAGACGCUUGGCGCCAUCCUCACCAUCCUCCACUUCAGCCCACAGGAGAAGCAGCACGUCAUGAGGCUGCAGGGGCCUGCCUGGUGGGGCCCGGGGCCCAGGUGAGCCAGGUGGAGGAACUUGGUGUGAGCAUUUUUUUGUGUGUUUGUUUUUUCUCUUUGACAUUAAACAGAUUUUUUUCUGCA